GGAAGAAGAACUGAUCCAAAAGCACGAGUGGCACUUUGCCUUUAGUGACUGCACCAGGAAACUGAUCCCAGAUCUGCCGGCAGAUGAAGCUUCUGCGUUUGCCAGAGAGGGAUGAGUUAAAUUUCCGCUCCUCUCCUGGAUCCAGCUGCUGCUCUGCCACAUACAUCCCCAAACACAAGGUUCAGUGCGAGCAGAGGACAGUUUAGCACUUCCUCACCAAGAGUCGAGGCAGAGCGAGUGAACGCUGGUUUCCUGUGACGCCUCCGUGUCUCUGGUCAAUUAGUUUACUCACAUCACUCCUCAGCUGUUGAACUGCAUGGAAAGAGACGGGCCUCGUCGUGUCCUGGGGGGAGCGCUCUCGUUGAUCUACACUGACAGAAAAGUGCUGCUCAUCUAAAAAUUCGCUCCAAAAACUGGAUCUGCCAGGACUUAAAAAACUGACUUAUUCUGUAAUUAAUAGUCUUCAGAGGAAAGCUGUGAUGCUGUUUUCACGCAGUUAAAGUUGCGUGUGUGGGAUAUUCAACCAUGUUGCAGCAGUCAGAGCUCAUCUUUGACUUUGCCAGUGACCACAUCAACAUGUCACAGUUGGGUGGUUACUCGGAUUACCCUGCAGUGAUUGUGGAGCAGGUUCCCCAUCCACACCUGCUCUCAUACGCAGGUCUAGCGUGUGAACAGUCCCAGACGGAGCAUCACCAGCAGCUGCUCAAAGUGGAGCCGUGUGAAAGUGGAGAGGAGGAGACCAUGGAGACACUUGUCGCUGCCGACUCACUCCUCAACAUGGACUGCCCCGACACCCUCUCUCUGGAACACUACUCCCAGACCUUCUUACCAUCACUGGGUGAUGUCAUCACUACUCCUGUUACCCAGGUGACUGUGUCAGCAGAGGGGAUUGUGGGAGCUGUCGACCAGCCACAGUGGCACUCGUUGCACACAAAGAAGCCCGCGGCACAGCUGCAGUCCAAAAAGAGAGGGAGGAAACCUCGACACAGAAGGGCAGAGUCUCCCACACCAGACAUUAAAGUGAAGAAGGACAAAUACAACAAAGGAGGAAACACACUGUACCUGUGGCAGUUCCUGAUGGAGCUGUUGCAAGACCGACAGGUCUGCCCCCGCUACAUUAAAUGGACCAAUCCCCACGCAGGAAUCUUCAAGCUUGUCAACUCCAAAGCGGUGGCCAGACUGUGGGGCAAACACAAGAACAAGCCCGAUAUGAAUUAUGAGACGAUGGGCCGAGCACUCAGGUACUACUACCAGAGAGGCAUCCUGAACAAGGUUGAGGGCCAGCGUCUCGUCUACCAGUUCACCUCUCUGCCCAAAGACAUGAUUUACAUCACCGAUGGCGACGGCAUCAAAGAGGAGGAGGAUGACGAUGACAAUAGCAACAACGAUGACGGUGCCAGUGAUGACUCCGACGACAGCACAAUACUGUCGAGUGACCAAUCAGUGGAGGAGGAAGACUCGCACCCACCACAGAAGAAAACGUCGCCCGGCUCCGUCCGAGCCCCGGCGACCCAGCGGACCAGGCCGGCUCCCAGGCCCUCAAUGCAGCGCGACACCAUCCUGCGACCUGCCAGCACCAGCCUGAUCCAGGAGCAGCACCUGCCCAUCGUGUCCGCUGAGAUGCUGCGGACCCUCCAGAACCUGCAGAAGGUCCAGUCCCUGCAGCCCGCCGGCCACGCCUCCGUCUUCAAAACAGCUCAGCUGCUGGGGAGUCUGUGCGAGCGGCAGGCCGCCGCUCAGGGGUCUGCGGACAGUAACGGUGCACCGGGUGAAAAGUCGCACCCAGGAUACAAAGUGGAGACUCCACAGCUGGUGCCUCUAACGAGCUCUGACCAAUAGAAAGAGACCAAACACACACGCACACACACUCCACUGACUCAGGACCAGUUACAGAGCUUUGCUGUGGCCAUGUCGGCACACCGGAGCCUUUAUUUCUUCAGCGCGUAAGAGAGGGCGCAAUGAUUGAGGAUUAUUUUUGUAUUUUAGAUUAAAUUGUGAAUUGGUUACAAAAGUAAUUUGAGAUCACUGCUUCCUCUCUGACAUCUGAGUCGGCAGGAAACUGGCAGAAACCAAAAAUCACAACAUUUAUCAGUUUACUUUCUAAGAGACUUUAAAAGCUGCUGUGCUUUAUCUCAGCCCUCUGCAGCUCUUCUGUUCACACCUGGUGUGAACGGGCAUCCUGGGUGAUCCCAUCAAGAGUGCACAGCUCAGUGUUUCUCUGUUCACACCUGGCCUUAGAAAACGUCUCGACUUUCCACUGGGUAGGUAGGUAUUCGAUUUUUCAUUCAGGCAUGACGAAUGUUGUUUCAGUGUUUGUGAUCCUGCUGCUGCAGCUGUCACACACACAGAGACAGGAAUUAUCAUUUUAGCCAACGGUUAUUUAUUAACGGGUUCAGUGACUGAGUCGGGCCGUUUCCGUGUCGUCUGAGCUGCAGGAGAAACAUUUGAGCUCUCUGCAGCUCACGCCAAGAACAGCUCUGACCCGCAGCACAGAGCAGGUCAAAAUAAUUACCCUCCAAAAUGAAGGCACUUAUUAUUUCAGAUACACAACGAAAUUUAGCAAACAAAUUUAAAGCACUGGACUAAACGUGACAAACUAUAAAGUGUCACAAUCGAUGUCAAGCAGUCGGAGGCACACCGGGCGCUCCGUCACGUAACACUCCGUGGUGCACGGUGUCUCUCUGUCCUGACUGAAAACCGUUGGGAUGAGAACGUGUUGCUCCCUCACUGCUCGGGCGAUGCUGUGACCCUACGUGACGGUGAAGCCGUGAAGUGCACGGUCUGUUUGUCACCCAAGCUCUCUCCCCCCAAAAUAUGAGAUGACUGCGUUUCCAGCAGCAUGGCGAUGGAUGUUCAAAACAUCAUCAGCCACCGCACUAGAGUCAUUAUUUCCAAUCAAAGGUGAUAAAGGCGUCUUAUGCAAGCGAUAAAGGAAAGGCGAGCCCCUUAUACGUGGGAGUGACCACGUAUGAGGGUUUUCUGGGAGCUGAUAGUCCACGAUUUCACAGAGGAAUUGUGGAUUCAAAACUUCCAGAUGAUCCGAUCAACUUUUGAAAAGUUAUGUGAUUCAGUAACACCUCCGGGAGCCAGUUCCUACCGACAAGCGCAUAACCAUAGCAUCAUGUGACCUACAAAUGCAAAAAAAUACUGUUUUGCGAAAUACGUCUUUUUCGAAUCUCCUGAAAUACCACCUCAUGCAAGCGUAAAAAACCUUUCUGCAAUAAAUGGGAGUAUUUUCGAAAUUGACGUGUUUCCAUUAGCCGUAUUUUUUCACUUCAAUUUCACUUUGCUUAAUGUGAGGGUUAAUAAAAACCCGCCUUAUAUUUAUGAUGAUAUUGAAAAACACAUCUUCAAGAUUUCUAAAUUCCCCGUUAUAACGUAUUACUGUGGAACUGCCCAAGCCUAGUGUGAAAUCAGGCAUUUCAGGCUGAAACAAUCACAAAAACAGCCCGUGAAAUCCUGGAGAAACUUAUUAACGCAUAUACUGCGUUAAUAAGUUGCAGCCCAGACCCGCUCUGUAUUGCUCAAAUUAAAGGACACUUUUGGGUUCAUUCACACCUUUAUUUAAAGCCGUCUGCUUGUGAUCUGAUCACCCAGGAUGCAUGUCAAUAGCAGGUGUAAAUAACGCCUCUGCAGCCUGUAACCAACAGAGACAUGCACUGGAACCCACAGCCUCUCUGCACUUCUGCAGACACUCUUCACCUGCGGCGUCAGAUGAUCUGAUGAGCACACUGUGCCCGCCGUCUCUGCCUUUACUCACUUUUUUUUUUACUAUCACGCGCUGAAUCAUUCCUCCGCCUUGAAAACGGCUUUGCACUAAUGUUUACCCCUGCUGUAUGUUUCUCUUUCCUGUCCCUGCUUCCUGCUAAUCAUGAGGGAAAACAUUCCAUAUUAUUAUUAUUAUUGUUGUUGUAUUUUUUUUUACUGAAUUAUGUUGUGAAUUGUUGAAAACAAGGGAUCACUGUUUUUUUUCUAGAGUAGUAAUUGAGCACUGCUGCUGUUUGUAGUUGACGUAUCUGCACAGUGGACUUUCCUUUUGUCGACAAUCACCAGUGAAAUGGCCUUUUUUUAUUUAGCCACGUCGUCUUUAUACUGCUACUAUUUAGCCUCUCUGCUAUGCACACACUGUUUACUUAUCACACCUAUAUAGAUGCAUAUAUGAACCUCUGAAGAUACCUUUAUGUAUUGUGUGUCGUAUACUGUACGUCUGUGAACAUGCUCGACUUUGUGCCUUGUUGCCAUUUUCUCCCUCAGGUCUCGUACAAAUUUAGUUUUUCUGCACAGACUGCUAUGCAAAGAGUAAAGCGGCUGGCCCUUUUUUAUAACGGACCAACGCAAAGUUCGGUGUUUUCACUUUGGUUGAUCUGAGUUCAGCCUCACAAACGGCGCUCCAAAUGAAAACCGAGUUUGUGCGGUUUAGGCCGGCUUCUGUGAGGCUAAACUAGUUUUCUGAGAUGCUUCUGUGCCUUCGCGCCCUCUGGGAACGCUAUGCAAAACUGUUUUCACUUUAUUAACGAGUAAAGCGUUCAUGUGGAGCCCCCUCUCUUGGCUUAUCUGGGGGCCUGUUGAUACUGUAAGCCUGACUGAUGUGUGAGCUUGUAGCAGAGGGAGAGGUGGAGUUUCCGUUGCCUUAUUUUCGCUGUGUUUUGCUUUCAUGCAGUCCGGAGGUGUUUAAAGAAAGAUAAUGGUCUGUUGUGUGAAAUAAAGUUAAUUUUGUCAUUGUCUGUGAAAA